AUGGAACUAUCUGACUUACCUAUGCAAGGUAGGCAAUAUACAUGGAGUAAUUCAAGUGUGAAGGGUAGUUGGAGCAGAAUUAAUAGAGUUUUGCUCUCAACAGAGUGGUUAGAGAAGUAUAAUUUUAAGUUAUGGGGUCUUCCAAGAGGGGUCUCUGAUCACUGCCCUCUACUUCUGAUGGAGGGUGUUAAAGAUUGGGGUCCAAAACCGUUUCGGUUCAUCAAUGCUUGGACUCUGCACCCCCAGUUUUUGUCAGUUAUUAAGGCUGCCUGGCUUGGAACAGUGGUCACAGGUUGGGCUGGCUAUGUUAUUCUAGUGAAGCUUCGAACCCUUAGAUGGACUUUAAAGAAAUGGAACAUUGAGGAAUUUGGAAAUGUCUCACAUUCUGUCAAGUUAGCUGAGAAUGAACUGCACAAUCUUGACUUGAUGGCUGAAUCUAGGAAGUUAUCUGAAACUGAAGCUGCAAGGAGGUGUGAGCUUAGGAAACUAGUUUGGUCUCUGUGCAAAAAACAAGAAUGGAUUUGGCUCCAGAAGUCCAGAUUGGACUGGAGUAUGAAGGAAGAUAAAUAUAUGAGGUUCUUCCACAUUGUGGCGUCCAGCAGGCAAAAUAGGAAUCUGUUAAACUCGAUAUCGGUGGGAGAUGUUGUGGUUGAGGAUCCUCAAGGGAAGUGCUGGAAGGUUUUUAAGGCUGACGUUCUCCAGUUUUUCAACGAGUUUUAUGCGAAUGGGAAGUUGGUUCGUGGCAUGAAUAGUUCUUUCAUCACACUAAUGCCCAAGAUUGAUGGUCCAGUUACUAUUUCGGAUUAUAGACCAAUAAGUCUCAUUGGGUCACUGUAUAAAAUCCUAGCUAUAGUACUCACUAAUAGACUGAGGAAAGUGAUGCCUAGAGUUAUUGGGGAGGCACAAUCUGCUUUCCUAGGGGGGCAGAACAUCUUGGAUGGGGUUUUGAUAGCCAACGAAGUGGUUCACUGGUGGAAGAAGAGUGGGCAGAUGGGGUUGAUAUUAAAGUUAGACUUUGAAAAAGCGUAUGAUUCUGUUAACUGGGAUUGUUUGUUGGAUAUGAUGAGUAGGUUUGGGUUUGGAAUUAAAUGGAGAAAAUGGAUACAGGAGUGUUUGUGUUCGUUUAAAAUCUCAGUUCUUGUUAAUGGAUCUCCAACGUCUGAAUUCACUACUGAAAAAGGGCUCAGACAGGGGGAUCCCUUGUCACCUUUCCUUUUUAACAUUUUCGCUGAUGACAUGAUAAUCUUUUGCAAGGCGGAUGUAGUGGAGGUUUUGGUAAUCAAGAGAAUCCUAAGAUGCUUCCAGUUAGUCUCAGGGUUGAAAAUAAACUUCCACAAAAGCUUUGUGUGCGGAGUUAGGGUUCCUACGCAAGUGGUUAUGGAGUGUGCUAGUAGGCUUAAUUGUAAAACUCAAAGCAUUCCUUUCUCGUAUCUUGGUUUGCCUCUUGGGGCUAGUCCAAGAUUAAAGAAAACUUGGAAACCAGUGAUUGACAAGGUGAGGGCUAAGUUAGCAUCUUGGAAAAGGAAACUGCUAUCCUUUGGGGGUCGGCUAACUCUCAUAAAGUCUGUAUUGUCUAGUCUCCCUGUGUAUUACUUAUCCAUUUUCAAGAUGCCUCAGUCUGUGAUCAUGACCAUUGACCGUCUGCGAGCAGCGUUUCUUUGGGGAGGGUCUGAGUUAAGGAAAAAGAUCCAUAUGGUCAAAUGGGAGGAGAUCACUAUCAGCAAAGAACAGGGAGGAUUGGGGAUUAGGAAGUUAAAGGAUGUAAAUGACUGUCUAUUAGCUAAAUGGUGGUGGAGAUUUGGCAUUGAAGAUAAUUUCUUGUGGAAGAGAGUACUGUGUAGUAGAUAUCAGUUUAGUGGAGGAAAAUGGGCACCAUUUUCAUGUUCUGCAUAUUCUGUUUCUAGAAUAUGGGGUGGGAUUUUAAGUGUUGGCCAAGCCAACCCUCACUUAUUAAGCAUUUUUCUUCACAAUUCAAAACUGGUGGUGGGAAAUGGGCUCAGGAUUCAUUUUUGGAUUGAUCACUGGAUUAGGCAACAAUGCCUUAGGUUGGAGUUUCCGAGGCUGUAUGGUCUGUCAACAAAGAAUGAGACAUCAUUGGGAGUGUUAUUGGAAAGAAGAACUGUAUCAGGGGAAUGGAAUCCGAAUUUUCGGAGAUCAUUAUUUGCAUGGAAGACUGAGGAAUUAGCUAGGUUGGUAUCACUUGUGAGCCAGGUUGAGUUGGGGGCAGCAGAGUGCGAGGACUGUUUGAAAUGGCUACCAUGUCCAUCACAACAGUUCAGUGUAGCCUCCCUUUUGAGAAUGAAUGAGGAGGAAUCUAUUAUCCAUCUGUUUAAGGCUGAUUUAUAUCAAAAGCUUUCAUCUAAGGGUAAAGGUGUGUUGGAUUGGUGGAGAGGGGUUCUGCUAGCCGAGCUCAUUGAGGGUGAAGAAUUGAACACUUCAAACCAAUUACACUUUGAUCUUGGAAGUCAUUUGAAGGUUUUCAAAGGCUAUUUGGGGAUAUUGCUAGUGGAUUCCAGUGAGGUGGUUCAAGGUGUGGAGGAUCAAGCUCCGAUCUACAAUAGCAAAGCUUUCCCAAAUUCAUUUUCUGCUUUUGAUCUUUGGAAGGAUUCACAUUUGGAGCUGAAGAAGAAGAAGAAGAUGGUUGAUAAGUUGAUGGAAAAUGUUCAGCCAGAUAUGGAGGAGCUGCAGGAGUUAAUUAUUAUCUGUCUAGCGAUUUGGUUGAAGGCCUAUUCGAAGCAUUAUCAGUUUUCUAUUAAUGACUUCCUGCAUAACAUUGGGCUGAUUAGAGUUUUGCUCCAUUUGCUCCAUUCUGUUUGUUCUGCUUCUGAACCAGGCUGCUGCUGUGAAGUCCAUCCUUGUGGUUUUGCUGUUGUUUUGCUCUGUGGUUUUGAUGUUACCCCUCUGGGUGUUAAGCUGCUAGGCUGCUAUGCUGCUGGUCUGUUUGGUGCUUGA